CGGGCGCCGGACCCCCAGGCGGAGCGACAGGUCUCGGGCCCCCAGGCGGAGCGGCGGGCACGGACCCCCAGGUGGAGCGACAGGUCUCGGGCCCCCAGGCGGAGCGGCGGGCACCGAGUCACCAGGCACGACAGUGGGCUCCGAGUCAACUGGCAUGACCGCUGGCACUGGGUCAGACAUUGGAUCGUCUGGCUGGACCGCGGGCAUCGGGUCACCAGGCAUCAGGUCAUUUGGCUCGACAGCGGGCACUGCGUCAUCUGGCAAGGCAGUGGGCUCCGAGUCAACUGGUAUGACCGCGGGCACUGGGUCAGACAUUGGAUCGUCUGGCUGGACAGCGGGCAUCGGGUCACCAGGCAUCAGGUCAUUUGGCUCAAUAGCGGGCACCGCGUCAUCUUGGCAAGACAGUGGGCACCAAGUCACCCGGCACGACAGUGGGCUCUGAGUCAAUUGGCACGACAGCGGGCACCGGGUCACCAGGCAUUGGAUCGUCUGGCUCGACAGCGGGCAUCGGGUCACCAGGCAUCAGGUCAUUUGGCUCGCCAGCGGGCACCGCGUCAUCUGGCAAGGCAGUGGGCACCGAGUCACCAGGUA